CGGGACUGCUGGUGUCCCCGUGGCCCUGCCGCCUUUCUAAUUUGUACACAGCCCAAGACAGUUGGGAGUCACCCCGCGGAGUUGGGAGUUCGGCGCAGGGAGGAGCGGGGCUGCCAGGGCGCUAGGUCCUGGGUCUGCCGGGGCCCCUCGGGUUCCGAGGAAGCUGGGGGUGGUGGAGCGGGUGUUUACCCGCGAAGCACAUCGCGCCCAGCACUGCUGGGGCCUGGAAUAAGGGUGGUCACGUGGGGGAGCCCGUCUCCUCUCGUCAAGCGUGGGGGUGCCCGUAGGAGCUCCUCCGCCCGUCCGCUCUUGCGUCUCCGCUCCAGCGGCUCUUUUAGAUGCUAAGCCAAGUCCCAGGAGGGGCUGGGGGAGGUUUGGAAAAGCCCUUCUGUCCAGUCAUGCCAAAGAGGAAAGUGACCUUCCAAGGCGUGGGAGAUGAUGACGAGGAUGAAAUCAGUGUCCCCAAGAAAAAGUUGGUGGACCCUGUAGCUGGGGUAGGAGGUCCCGGGAGCCGCUUCAAGGGCAAACACUCUUUGGACAGCGAUGAGGAAGAGGAGGAGGAGGAGGAAGGGUCCAGCAAAUAUGACAUCUUGGCCUCAGAGGAUGUGGAAGGCCAGGAAGCAGCCACGCUCCCCAGUGAGGGAGGUGUGCGGAUCACACCCUUCAACUUGCAGGAAGAGAUGGAGGAAGGCCACUUUGAUGCAGACGGCAACUAUUUCCUGAACCGGGAUGCUCAAAUCCGAGACAGCUGGCUGGAUAACAUUGAUUGGGUAAAGAUCAGGGAGCGGCCACCUGAUCAGCGGCCGCUGUCAGACUCAGAGGAGGAGGACAGCCUGGGCCAGACACCGAUGAGCACCCAAGCCCUCCUGGAGGGCCUUCUGGAACUGAUGUUGCCAAGAGAGACAGUGGCUGGGGCACUGAGGCGUCUGGGAGCCCGAGGGGGAAGCAAAGAAGGCAGCAAGGGGCCCGGGCGGCCCAGUUCCCCCCAGCGCCUCGACCGGCUCUCCGGCUUGGCUGACCAGAUGGUGGCCCAGGGCAACCUGGGAGUGUAUCAGGAGACAAGAGAACGGUUGGCCAUGCGACUGAAGGGGUUGGCGUGCCAGACCCAGGGACCCCGUGACCCCACACCGCCCCCCUCCCUGGACAUGUUUGCUGAGGAAGUGACAGAAGGGGAGCUGGAGACCCCAACCCCUGCCCAGAGGGAAGCAGAGUCACCUGGAGAUGGUCUUGCGGACGUGAUGUGGGAAUAUAAGUGGGAGAACACAGGGGAUGCUGAGCUGUACGGGCCCUUCACCAGCACCCAGAUGCAGACCUGGGUGAACGAAGGCUACUUCCCAGAUGGCGUUUAUUGCCGGAAGCUGGACCCCCCAGGUGGCCAGUUCUACAACUCCAAGCGGAUUGACUUUGACCUCUACACCUGAGCCUCCUGAGGGCCCAGUUUGGUGGUCCCUUCUUUGCUGGACUCUGUGGAGGAGGCCCCGGCUGCCUCAGGUGGUGAAGAUGUUGGGGGCCACUUUUCAGUCAACUUCCUUUUCCCAAUAAAAGCCUUUAGUUGUGUAUUA